GCCUCUUUCAGCUGCAAUGAGAGCAACGUCCUGAUCUUCGAGCGGAGGAACGGCCUGCUGAGGGUCACAGGGGCCUGGAGCCUAUCCCAGGAGACUUAGGGCACGAGGCGGGGUACAUCCUGGACAGGGUGCCAAUCCAUCGCAGGGCGCACACACACGCGCGCACACUACAGGCAAUUUGAGAAUGCCAUUUAGCCUACUCUGCAAGUCUUUGGACUGUGGGAGGAAAUCGGAGUACCCGGACGAAACCCACCAAGAACAGGGAGAACACGCCCUGCAAACAGACCCCAGUAAAGGACAUUCUGCUGAGUUUCACAGUGCCAGUUCAGCAUUAAGCAGCGUGAAAAUGUCACGGCCUAAACACAUCCGAGUGCUAGUCCUCAAUGACAUGGAGAACCUGGAAAGAACCCUGUUCCGCUUAGAACAAGGGUUCGAGUUACAGUUUCGACUUGGGCCAACUCUUCAGGGGAAACAGGUCCACGUUCACGUCAACUACCCAGCUGAGGGGGGACGGUUUGAUCGCCACAGUUUCCGCACCCUCGACUGGGUCAAUCCCACUGGUAGAGAGGACGACUCUGAUAAGUUCUGCUCUCUGGAGGUGCACGUGGCAGGCUCUUACCAGUAUUACUUCGGCCACGGGGGUGAGGAGAAGGUUGGUGGUGGAUACGUGGUGGUGGAUCCAGUGCUCCGCGUCGGUGCUGAUAAUCACAUCUUACCUCUAGACUGCAUCAGCAUCCAGACAUAUCUGGCUAAAUGUCUCGGCCCUCUAGAUGAAUGGCUCGAUCGGCUCUCGGUGGCCAAAGAGUCGGGUUAUAACAUGAUCCACUUCACGCCGCUGCAGACACUGGGUGAAUCACGCUCCUGCUACUCUCUGGCCGAUCAGUUGGAACUGAACCCCGACUUCUCUCCUGCGGGCAAGAACUACGGCUGGAGUGAUGUGGGCAACAUGGUGAAGAAGAUGAAGAAUGAGUGGAACAUGCUUUGCAUUACUGAUGUUGUUUACAACCAUACAGCUGCGAGCAGUGUGUGGAUCCAGAAACACCCGGAGUGUGGCUAUAACCUGGUGAAUUCGCCCCACCUGAGGCCUGCGUGGGUGCUGGACAGAGCGCUGUGGCACGUCACCUGUGAUAUCGCUGAUGGGAAAUACACUGAGCGUGGAAUCCUGACCGCCAUACAGAGCGAACAAGAUCUCAAUGCCAUCCGUGGGAUCUUAUGGCAGCAUGUGUUUCCUAAGAUUAAGCUGUGGGAGUUCUUCCAGGUCAAAGUUGAGCCAAUAGUGGAGCGGUUCAGGACGUUACUUCAAACAGGGGCCAAACCUGACAGAAGCAAAAUUGACGAGAAGCAGCAGUUUAAGAUCAUCCAGGAUCCUCAGUACAGGCGCUUCCAUAGUUCAGUGGACUUAAAUUUAGCCCUGGUGCUGUUUGUGCCCAACGGGAACAGUCCAGGAGCCAUAGAAGACUGUUGUAACUGGUUCAGGAAGAGGUUGGAGGAGCUGAACCUAGAACAGUAUAAAGAAACCAACUAUCAUCAGGAGCAGGCUGCCAACUGUUGCAUCGGUACAAUACUUUAUGAGCGGCUGGCAGACAACGGCCCUAAAAACGGCGCCAUCACCAGAAAACAUCCACUGGUUACGAGGUAUUUCACGUUCCCAUUUAAGGAGACGUCUCUGGAAGAGGACCUUCUGCUCAUGGACCAGCCGGACAAAGCGUGUCACUUCCUGGCCCACAAUGGCUGGGUGAUGGGUGAUGAUCCACUGAGGAACUUUGCAGAACCAGGCUCUAACGUGUACAUCAGACGAGAACUGAUCUGCUGGGGAGACAGCGUGAAGCUUCGAUAUGGCAAUAAGCCUGAGGACUGUCCGUAUCUGUGGGCACACAUGCAGAAAUACACAGAAAUCACCGCUACAUACUUUACCGGAGUCCGUCUUGACAACUGCCACUCCACACCACUGCAUGUAGCUGAGGCCAUGCUGUGCGCAGCCCGGGCGGUCAGGCCUGAUCUGUAUGUCAUAGCCGAACUCUUUACAGGCAGCGAGCUGCUUGACAAUGUGUUUGUAAACCGACUGGGAAUAACCAGUCUAAUCCGAGAGGCAAUGAGUGCCGGAGACAGUCACGAGGAGGGUAGAUUGGUGUACCGUUAUGGCGGAGAGCCUGUAGGAGCCUUCUUGCAGCCGUGCCUCCGUCCUUUGGUGCCCAGCAUCGCCCACGCCAUGUUCCUGGACAUCACACAUGACAACGAAUGCCCCAUCCAGAUCCGCUCUGCGUUCGAUUCGUUGCCUAGCUCCGCUGUUGUCUCUAUGGCCUGCUGUGCCACAGGUAGCACUCGAGGCUAUGACGAGCUUGUACCCCAUCAGAUCUCAGUGGUGUCAGAGGAGCGCUUUUAUCAGAAGUGGAACCCGCAGGCCAAGCAGCCCAUCCCCGGGCAAGUCAGUUUACAGACAGGCAUCAUCGCCGGCAAACUGGCUCUGAACCGCCUGCACCAAGAGCUUGCGGCUAACGGCUUCAACCAGGUGUUUGUGGAUCAGGUAGAUGAAGACAUUGUUGCUGUGACUCGUCACUCUCCAAGUUCUCACCAAUCUGUCGUGGCUGUGUGUCGCACUGCCUUCCGUAACCCCAAACACCACCGAUACUCAAAUGAGGUUCCACCCAUGUUCAUCCCAGGUAAGAUAGAGGAGGUGGUGUUAGAGGCCCGUACAGAGGAGAUUCCUGCCGGUUCCUACAAAAAAGAUGAGAAGAGCAUUAAUGGACUGCCUGAGUUUACAGUGGAGAUUAAAGAGCACAUCCAGGUGGAGGACAGCGGUGUGGUGAAGCAGGCUGAAGUGACAUCCCGAGGCCGCAGCGAGUUUGUGCAGGAGAUUGAGUUCAAGCGUCUCACACCAGGCAGCGUCAUCGCUUUCAGGGUGAGUUUGGAUCCAAAGGCGCAGGAGCUUGUGGGGUUUUUGAGGGCUCACCUCGUCCAGUUUAACCCUGAAUACAAAGCAGGAAGUGUGCUGGAUGAGAAUGCUCCCGCCAUACUGAAGACCCCACUGAGCCAGAUCAUGGACAAGUUGACUCUGGCUGAUCUGAAUGUGCUGCUGUUCCGCUGUGAUGAGGAGGAGAAGGAGGACGGAGGCGGCUGUUAUAACAUUCCUGGAUGGACCACCCUUAAGUACGGUGGCCUGCAAGGCCUGAUUUCCGUGAUGGCUGACAUCAGACCUAAGAAUGACCUGGGCCACCCGUUCUGUAAUAACCUGAGGCAGGGAGACUGGAUGAUCGAUUAUGUCAGUAACCGUCUGGUGGCUCAAAAAGGAGCGCUUAGAGAGGUGGGUCAGUGGUUUGAGGCAAUGUUUGGCUACCUGAAACACAUCCCUCGCUACCUCAUCCCCUGCUACUUCGAUGCCAUCCUGGUCGGCGCGUACACCAAAGCCCUAGACACUACCUUCAAACAGAUGUCACCUUUUGUGCAGGAUGGUUCAACUUUCGUACGCUUGCUGGCGCUGGGUUCACUGCAAAUGUGUGGAGUGGGUCGCGUUCCCGCUCUUCCACCUCUCUCUCCGGCACUGCCCGAUGUACCACGCCGCAUCAAUGAGAUCACCAAGCAGGAAGCACAGUUUUGUGUCUCCAUGGCAGCAGGCUUGCCUCAUUUCUCCGCUGGAAUUUUCCGCUGCUGGGGCAGAGACACGUUCAUCGCCCUGAGGGGUCUCAUGCUGCUCACUGGUCGUCACCUGGAGGCCAGGAACAUCAUCCUGUCCUUUGCCGGCACUCUGAGGCACGGUCUGAUACCCAACCUGCUUGGCGAGGGCAUAGCUGCACGAUAUAACUGCCGUGAUGCCGUGUGGUGGUGGCUGCAGUGUAUUCAAGAUUACUGCACCAUAGUGCCUGAUGGAACAGCUAUCCUCAAGUGCCCCGUCUCCAGGAUGUACCCUGCAGACGACUCAUUGCCUCAGGCACCAGGCGCUGUGGAUCAGCCUCUGUAUGAUGUGAUUCAUGAAGCUCUCCAGCGCCACAUGCAGGGCAUUGAGUUCAGGGAGAGGAACGCUGGACCACAAAUCGAUCGCAACAUGAGGGACGAAGGAUUCAACAUUGUGGCCAAGGUGAACCCGGACACCGGCUUUGUGUAUGGAGGAAAUCGCUUCAACUGUGGCACGUGGAUGGAUAAGAUGGGCGAAAGUGACCGAGCUCGCAAUAAAGGGAUUCCUGCUACACCCAGGGAUGGCUCAGCUGUGGAGAUCGUGGGUUUGUGUAAAUCAGCUGUGCGCUGGCUGGUGGAGCUCCAUAAGUGGGGACUGUUCCCUUACAGCACCAUGACCAUCCACAGAGAUGGUAAACCACUCACCGUGUCCUAUGAAGACUGGAACAGAAAGAUCCAGGCCAGCUUUGAGAAAAUGUUCUAUGUGUCUCAUGACUCCAACGACCCCAAUGAGAAACAUCCUGAGCUGGUUCAUAAGAGGGGGAUUUAUAAGGACAGCUGUGGCGCCUCGAGCCCGUGGUGCGACUACCAGCUCAGACCCAACUUCACCAUUGCCAUGGUGGUGGCCCCCGAGUUGUUCACAGUGGAGAGGGCCUGGGAGGCUCUAAGUAUCGCUGAAGAAAAGCUGCUUGGACCACUGGGAAUGAAGACACUGGAUCCAGAUGAUAUGGUUUACUGUGGUGUUUAUGACAACUCUCUCGACAACGACAACUACAAUCUGGCCAAAGGCUUCAACUAUCACCAAGGCCCAGAAUGGCUUUGGCCAGUCGGUUAUUUCCUGCGCGCUAAGUUAUAUUUUGCCAAGAAGCUUGGAAAGGAAAUGUAUGACAAGACAGUGUUUCUGGUGAAGAAUGUUCUCUCUCGCCAUUAUGUCCAUUUGGAAAGGUCCUCAUGGAGGGGGCUGCCAGAGCUGACGAAUGAAAAUGGUCAGUACUGCAAGUUCAGCUGCGAGACUCAGGCCUGGUCCAUUGCCACUGUUCUGGAGGUCCUUCAUGACCUUUAAGCCUUCAGAGGCUUUUCAAAGGUCUACGUCUUCCUGAAUAUGUAGAUAGUUCCAUGGAGCCAGUAGAAAUGUUAUACAGCCGUGAAUGUGCAAUGUGUGGUACGAAAAUGAGCUACUCUGUUCUCUGUUAGGAUUUCUAAUGUGUCUGAUCCUCAUUUUAAACUCCCAUCUCAUUUUCCCUAAAUAACGCAAUAUCCCUCGACACUUAGAGUCCAUUUAAUAUUGAAUUACAAUGAGGCUUUCUCCAACGGGAUUGACUUCAAGCCUGUCGGUGCUACUGUUGUGUCUGUACCUGUGUGUUACUAUGUGUUAGCAUGCUAGUACCUACUGUAGUCUGUCAACUGCUGUGUUUUAGCAUUAUAUUUGAAAAGAAAAGAGAGUAUUUAGAUUUAGUUUACAUGUUAUAGAAUAACGUUUUGGUUCCGGUUUACAGCAUAAGGAUAAAUGGAUUAUAAGAACUAGUAAAAGAAAUAAAUCUAUAAGAGACCCAGA